CAACAAUCUUAGUUUUUCAAAAGCAAAACCCUUGAAGAAGAUUAAACUUACCUGUUUUGUCUUGGGGGAUUUUUGGGUGUUUGGGAGUGAAUAAAAAGAUGGCAUGGAGGUACUGUUACAAAUAUGUGCUGCCAUUCACAGCUCUGGUGACUAUGGAGGGUGUAAAUGUGGGGUUAAACACUCUGUUCAAGGCUGCUACUAUGAAGGGGAUGAGCUACCAUGUCUUUAUGGUUUAUACUUAUGCCAUAGCUGCUCUUGUUCUUCUCCCUGCUCCCUUCUUCUCCCUAAGAUCAAGAGUGCUUCCUCCACUCAGCUUCACCAUCAUGUGUAAAAUUGGUCUUCUUGGGCUAAUUGGGAGUACGUCUCAGAUCAUGGGUUUUACAGGGAUCAAUUUAAGCUCCCCAGCACUUUCUUCUGCCAUCAGCAACCUCACCCCAGCUUUUACUUUCAUUCUUGCCAUCAUGUUCAGGAUGGAGAAGAUCGAAUUGAAAAGAGCAAGCAGUACGGCUAAAGUUCUCGGUACUAUCAUAUCAAUAACUGGUGCAUUUGUAGUCACUCUCUACAAAGGACCACCAGUCUUUUUACAAUCAGCACCAUCCAUGUCCAUGCAGCAACCUCUUCACUCUUCCAAAUCAAAUUGGCUUUUUGGUGCUCCUCAUUCAGCAAAAUCAAAUUGGGUUAUUGGUGCCAUUUUUUUCGCCACGGAGUAUGUCUUGGUUCCAUUCUGGUACAUUGUUCAGGCACAAAUUAUGAAGGAAUACCCAUCAGAACUAACUGUUGUCUUCUUUUAUAAUCUAUUUGUGACCUUUAUAGCUGCAAUUGUUGGUUUUUUCACUGAAAGAGAUUCAAGAGCUUGGAGAAUAAGGCCAGAUAUAGCAUUAGCCUCUAUUCUUUGCAUGGGACUCUUCGGUUCAUGCUUGAACAAUACUGUUCAUACAUGGGCACUGCGCUUGAAGGGACCUGUAUAUGUAGUAAUGUUCAAGCCAUUGUCGAUUGCCAUAGCUGUUGCCAUGGGUGUAACGUUCCUUGGUGAUACCCUCUAUCUUGGAAGCCUCAUUGGAGCAACGAUAAUCUCGGUAGGGUUCUAUACGUUGAUGUGGGGAAAAGCAAAGGAAGAGAUAGGCGAGGACUGUGUGGAAGAUAACCUAGAGUCUCCACCUUCCAACAAGGUUCCUCUGUUGCCAACCUAUGUAAAAGAGCAGCUGUAGAGCAAACUCAUGCAUGUACAGAAAAGUGAACAGUACUAAAUUCCCGGCUGAAAUCCAUUAGUAAAAAUUAGUCGUCAGAGCACAGAUGUAACAUUUUCCACUCUUGUUGAUCAAAUUCUCAUGUCACCCUCAUAUAAGAAUGCAACAUAUGAUUGACGAUCUGGCUCAGGCAGGUUAAAGACAAGCAGAGUUCGUUUGACAUCCAUAGCAUAUCAUUUCCCUUGCGUUCGUAGUAGUCAAAGAAACAUGCUGUAUGCAUUGAAAAUAAAACCAGCAAAUAAGA